AUGAUUGGUGAAGAAUCUUUGUUAACCGGUGCAUUUCAAACCUAUGAAUCGAUAGACUCUAUAGACCAGAAUGGAAAACACACAUACCUGAGCGAGCUAAAGCACUUACUACGUGGAUCUGCACCGCUAGUGGUUACAUUCGCCCUUCAGUAUUUUACUUCGUUAACGUCAACGAUAUCGGCAGGAAAGCUAGGCGCAACAGAAUUGGCUGCUUAUUCAUUGGCUAUUUCGACAUUCAAUGUUGCAGGUUUGGCUAUAUUUCAAGGAAUAGUAACCAGCUUGGAUACACUUUGCUCCCAAGCUUAUGGAUGUGGCAAUUAUCAUGGAGUCGGAUUGUAUUUCCAGAGGUGCUCAUUAAUACUAUUGGCGGUAAUGAUUCCAUUGGCUGUGUUUUGGUGGAACUCGGGGAUUUUGUUGGGAUGUUUUAUCGACGAUUCCAAGUUGGUGUCAAUGUCACAAACAUUCCUCAGAUGGCAUAUAAUUGGUGUUCCGGGACUUAUAUUUUUUGAAUCUGGGAAACGGUUCUUGCAAGCGCAACAUAUAUAUCAUGCGGGGACAUACGUUUUGGCAAUCAUGGCACCUAUAAACUUCAUACUUAAUUGGGCACUUGUCUGGAAUAAGCAUACGAGUUUGGGAUUCAUUGGGAUUCCCGUAGUGAUUGCAAUAACGUAUUGGAGUAUGUCGUUGUUAUUGCUUGCAUACGUGGUCCAGGUUAGUGGGAAAGAUUGUUGGGGUGGUUGGAGCAAGCAAGCAUUUUUCAACUGGAAGCCUGUGCUCAAACUUGCAGUACCAGGGGUAUUCAUGGUGAUUGCCGAGUUUAUUGCAUUUGAGAUUCAAAUCUUUUUGGCAGCGAAAUUUGGCACCGAAGCAAUUGCUGCCCAAUCAGUUGUAUCCAACUUAGCCGCAUUCCUAUUCCAGGUACCGUUUGCGUAUUCCGUAGUUAUCAGCACAAGAAUAGGUCAUUAUAUUGGCAUGGGAAACAUUGAAGGGGCAAAGGUUGACUGCCAAGUGGCUUUCACUUCCGCCCCAUUCAUUGGACUUCUCAAUUUCUCCAUAUUCUAUCUUGGAAGGUACUCAUUAACUAAGAUCUUCACCACUGAUGAGCAAGUGAUACGUAUUGCCGCUUGGUUGAACAUUUUAGCAGGUAUCAAUCAACUAGCUGAUGCGUUUAAUGUAUUGGGUGCGGGUGUUUUAAGAGGGCAGGGUCGGCAAAGUGUUGGAUCCGUUUUGAACUCUAUUGCGUUCUAUUUGAUAGCAAUCCCAGUUGGAUAUGUUUUGGCAUUCACAUUAGACUAUGGUUUGAAUGGGCUUUGGUACGGGUUGAUUUUGGGUGUCGUGUUUUUGGCCAUGGGUGAGGGUAUUUCGAUCUACGCUAGCGAUUGGAAAACAAUUAUUGCUGUAUCGCAAAAGCUACACGGUGCUUAG